CAUAAACUCUCUCUCUCACACACACAUACAAGAAUGAUGAAUCCAGAAGAAGAAAAUGAGGUCCAUGUUGUGAUGGUGCCAUGGCUUGCAUUCGGCCAAAUGAUUCCAUUCUUGGAUCUCUCCAUUGCCUUAGCCAAAUUCAACAUUCACAUCUCCUUCAUCUCUACUCCCCACAACAUUGAGAGGCUCCCCAAAAUCCCACAAAACCUAUCACAUUUGAUCAAAUAUGUGCCCAUCCCUCUCCCUCUUCUCCACCCCAAUCCUCUGCCGGAAAACGCCACGGCCACGACCGACAUUCCGGCAGAGAGAAUGGAUGAUCUGAAGAUUGCUUGCGACCUUCUCCAAGAACCAUUCAAGAAUCUGAUUGCUGAGAGAUCUCCAAACUGGAUAGUGGUCGACUUCUUUCACCACUGGGCGGUUGAUAUCGCUCAAGAACUGGAUGUCCAGUUGAUACUUUUCCCCAUAGCAACUGCUAGCACCGCAGUGUUCUUCUGGUCGCCGGAGUUCCUGUCAGGCGAGGCUCGGAGGCAGGCGAGGCCUUCGCCAGCUCACAUGAUGGCGCCUCCGGAUUGGGUCGAUUUCCCGUCACAGGUAGCUUGCAGGAAUAGCCAUGAAGCUGUAGCUAUGCAUAAUCUUUUAUACAGCACAGGAGCUUCCGGAAUAGAAGAUGGAGCGCGGUUGGCUAGACUAAUCCAAGGCAGCCAUGCUUUGGCAAUUCGUACUUGCAUGGAGCUCGAAGGUGAUUACCUGAAUCUCCUCUCCAAGAUCACCGGAAAGCCGGUUUUUCCGGUGGGAUGCCUUCCACCGGCGGAGGAAAAGAGGAUGAUCAUGACAGAAGAGCCAUGGAGUAAAAUCUGUGAUUGGCUCGAUAAACAGGAGGCAUCUUCUGUAGUAUUUGUGGGGUUCGGGAGUGAGUACAAAUUGUCGAGAGAUGAAAUCCAUGAGAUAGCAUAUGGGAUUGAGCUUUCCGGGCUUCCGUUCAUGUUCUCGGUGAGGAGGCCCGAUUGGGGAGACGAUCAGAUACUGCCGCCCGGGUUUGAGGCGCGGGUGGCAGGGCGGGGAGUGGUGCAGAUAGGAUGGGCACCACAGAGGGAGAUUCUUUCCCAUCCUUCGAUAGGGGCUUCUUUGUUUCAUGCAGGAUGGGCAUCUAUUGUGGAAACUAUAAGUUAUGGAAACAUUCUUGUGUUGCUGCCGUUCAUCAUUGCGCAGCCGUUGGAUUCGAGGUUGCUGGUUGAGAAGGGAUUGGCGGUUGAGGUUGAAAGAGGUGGAGAUGGAUCCUUUAGUAGAGAUGGCAUUGCAUGUGCCUUGAAAAAAGCUAUGGUAUCUAAGGAGGGGGAGACAUUAAGAGCUCGAACUAGAGAAGCUGCCAAUGCGAUUUUCGCUAAUAAACAACUUAACUAUGAUUAUAUUAAGACGUUUGCAGAGUAUCUGAAAAAUGGGAUAAAAGAAAACAAGUAAGCUGUAAUUGAAGAGUGUUUGUACUACUACUACUACUACUAUAUGCUUAUGGUAUGUAAUUUGUACUAUUAACUUAAUUAUUUAUGUAUCUUAUUUUGCGACUGGAAA